CGGUCCGCUGCUGGGAGGACGACGUGCGUGCGUCGCGCCCCGCAGACAGCCGCCGAGUCAGCCUUCGCAGCCGGUGACUCCGACUACAAUUCCGUUGCCUACGUUAUAUAUUGUCGCGGUCGUUUCGUCUUUUAUUCGUUCCGUCGACGCGCGGCCAAGUCCGACGACCGACCGCCGCCGCCAUCGCUCGGGGUCCUAUAACAAUAUAUUAUUAUCAUUAGCCGGUGAGUCAUCGUUUUUUUUCGCCGUGACGAUUGCCGAUAAAAUAUCAAUUCGAUAUGAAAUAAAAACCGGCCGUAGGUAUUGAAAUAGAUACUUGUGUACUAUAAUAAUAUAAUAGGUUACAGUAGCUGCCGUCGACAUGUCCAGAAAACUCGAGAAAUUCGUCAUACUCUUCGACAACACUAACCUGUUGUAUUUCCCGGGACAAUUUUUGAGCGGCAGAGUGUUGGUGGAGCUCAAGGACGACACGCAGGCCUUGGGUAAAUACAAUUAACGCAAUAAUAUAAUAUUUCAUUUUUUUUUUUUUAUCAAAUAUAGGUACGUAAACCUACAUAUUCUACCGAUACUGUUGUGUGCACAUAAUAAAUAAUAAUAUUUAUCGCAAUAACAUAAUUUAUUGUAGCGGAGAUAUGUAACGGUGAAAACGUAUUAUUAUUAUGCACCUACAACAUUUAUAUAAAUUCGUAUCGAUUACGCGGAUUAAAAAAAAAACACCUACCUUUUGUACAAUAAUAAAAUAAUCGGCGGAACUCGCCCGCGCGUCACGGUCCGGUAACGGAAAAUAUUAUUAGGCAGUGGCGAGCGCAGGGAGGAAAGGCGUAUAGUUGUUAUAGGGAUGAUAUACCCACUAGGUACCAAAUGGCUUAAAAAUACAAAAGACUACGAGUGUAUUAUUUAGUAAUUUUUCUUGAAAUAUACAUUAAGAUAUUUCAACCAAAUUACACGGAAAAAAGCUCGCGAUUUACCUAUUAUAGAAAAAAUUUGAUCGGGUUUUUGAGUUCUCAUUGUCGGGUUAUAGACAGAUAUGAGGUAAUGAUAUAGCAGAAGAAGAUUCUACGACUUGUAUGUGGAUCGUGAAUUAUUUAUACUAUACAUCCUCUCCCGACUCCCGUCGAAAAUUUCCGGACGCGAUACUGUUAUUGUAGAUAGGUACUAAUAACAUAUUAGGUACCUAAGUAUCUUAUAAUAAUAUAAUAUAUUUGAUGUUUUCUUAAUCAAUAAAAUUGUAAACAGGUAGUAACGCAGUAUCGUAGCAGAGGUAAACAGCGUGUUGUAGGUAUACCUAGGGCUGUAUUUAAGUGCUUCAUAGGCUGUAGAGUAAUGGUCUGAAAGCAACAAAAAAGCUACAAAAAAAAUAAUAAUAAUAAUAAUAAUAAUCAAUCCGGAUUAAAUAUGUCCCUGUGUACCCGUAGGCUAACCUAAAUCCUGAAUACGGCAUUGCCCAGGUAAAAUAUUGUCAGCGUUUUUCUUUUCCUUUCGAUAAUAUUUUUACGGUCGUUUUAUAACCGCGAUCGAUGACGCGUUUUGUUCUAGCCGUAAUGUUACCGCGGUUCGCGCACAAAAAACAAACACCGUUUUAAUUUAAUGCAAUAUCGUUUUGUAAUCGAGUGAAAGUAUAAAUGUAAUAAUAAUAUUAUACUCUACUGCAGAUGUUGGUGGAGACUGCAGCAACAGCUGCCGACGGAAUAGGUAGGUAGGCGUAUAAGAUAAAACAAAAAAAAUUGUAACCAGUCGGCGACGAGCACACGCCUCGAAAACUAACAUACCUAUCUAUGUAUACCUGUAAUAAUAAUACAUCACACCUGUACAGUCUUUGUUUUCGCCAGUAUCGUAUACACUGUACAGUACAAUAAUAUAAUAUGAUAAUAUAGGUAUACCAGUGUAAAUAAUAAUUAUAGCCAACAGGUACUUAUAACUACGCGAUUCUUUCCGUGGAAGCGAGGAGAAAAUCUGCGAGUUUGUCGGUAAAACUUUCAUUUUAAAAUACGCAAAAUAAUAGUUAUUCUAUAUACGCGCGUGUGUGUGUGACCAUAGAAUAAUAUUAAUGUUAUUUGGUAUUCGAGAGUCCGCCUCGCAUCUACGUACUUGGGACCUUAUCUGGGGGAGGGAUUUGUUUUUAUUCAUUUUUCCAAUAUUCCUCUAUAAUAUUCCACAAUACACAGUAACGAAGCCAGUAGGGGGGGUUUUAGGUUUUCUAUCCCCCCCCAUUGCUUCUUUUUUUUAGUUAUAGGUAAGGUAUAAGGUUAAGAAGAUUGUAAACCCAUAAACCUAUCUAGACCCCCUACUUUUACGCCACUGACUGUGCAGUGCAUAUAAUAUAUGCACCACUGAAUAUCUCAGCCCAAUGACCUGAUAAUUGGAAUGUGGUUUCUGUAAUAACUCCUCCAGCUACAGCAUCCCUGUACCGAAAUACACACUUCUGGAUAAAUUUCAGAUGUUUACCCGUUUAGCGCACAAUAUAAAUUACACAUUAUUGAAUAUAGCUACCUAUUUUAAACCCAAAUUCUAAAUUGUAAAUUUUUUACAAGCAAUUUUCAAUCAAUACAAUUUGGUUUAUCUCAAAAAUUACUUGACAUGCCUAAAGCCAUCGAAAUCGACUAAAAAAAUAUAAUUUUUUUCUCGAUUUUUCAAUAAAUUAUGCAUUAUUAUUAAUGUAUAUGAAAGUUAAUAACUAUCUUAACUAAUCAUGUUUUCCUAUAAGGUUAUUAUGGGUCGUUAUCAACUUCAAAAAUCAUGCAUUGUAAAUUCGUUGAAAAAUCAAGAAAAAACAUAUUAAUGUAAACGAAAAUAUUUAUGCAUUGACAUCAGUUUAGAUUUUUUGAUGUAAUUUAGUGAAGAUAAUAAUAAUUUUACCGAUAUAAUUGACUGAUAUUAGAGUUUCCUGGAGGCGAAAUACAAAAAAUGCCAAAAUAAGUCCGCAUAUUUAAGAUACAUAUUUAUAGUUAUUUUAACUUUUUGAGUUCAGAAGCAAUAAGUUCAACCCCCAAUGAAAUUUUAAUAACCUGGCGUCUAUGGCCUAAUGCCUCAGAAUACCUGACGCCGGCACUAAUUAGGUGAGAUGAGGACAAAACGGGAUGUCCACGAAUGGCGGGUGUAAACCUAUCUGAAAAGUCCUGGUGGACGUACCAAAGGAAUUUUGUUUUACUUGUUAGAUUAGGUUACCCAAGCAUUAUAGUACAUACGUGGGUAUACAUCGUAUAAUACACUUCUUGGUUUUUUGAAAAUGCGUAGAUACACGUUCACAGAAACGCGUAUAUUACGUUUUGUUUAUUAUUUAUUAUUAUCAAAACAUCGUAUAUCGAUGCAAUAUGUAUGUUAUGUUAUCACAACGAUAUAUGAAAAGAGACAGUGAAAAAGUGAACUUUUUCUCUAUUUUGUUCUUAGCACUUAUACAUUUUGUUUUUUUAGACAAAAUGUUUAUAAAUAUGUUUACUAGGGAUUUUUUUUUUGGUGUAUACUUUUCCAAAAAUAAUUUUAACUAACGGUUACUAAUUUUGUGAAGAGAUGUGUUUGAUGACAAUAAAGCUUAACUCAAAUUUUACAAGAAUUAAGACUUUUUUAGAGUAAGAGUUAAUAGAUGUUGAACUUCAGCGUUUUGUUCUUUUCAUUUUUCCUAAUCACUACUCGUUUAUGUUUUUCAGUAUUAAUGUACCGAGUUACAACAAAUUUUCUGUCACUGUUUACCUUCACCUCACUUAACUUACAAAAUAUAAUAGUUCUAUCGAUCGGUUUUAAAUGUAUCCGUACCGUACUCCAACACGAAACUUUUUAAACGAAUUGUCACGGAUUGUUUAAUGUUUGAAAAUGAAGUAAUAAUAAUAUAUUUAUCUAAACGAAACAAGAAUAACACUAUUUCGCGAACAUAUUAGUCGGAACACUUUUAUUUACGAGUAGGUAUAUUCAGGCCUGUCGUAAGAUAUUUCCUGCCCUAAAGCGAACAUUUUUGUUCUAAUUUCAUUUUGCCGUUUCAAUUUCUUUUGUAAUUGUAUGUCUCUCUAAAGCAACGUAUGGUUUGCUUAUAUCCUAGCGACUGGUCUGGGCAUAUUAAUGAAAUCAACUAUAUAGUCAUUCAAUUAUUUUCUAAGAAAAGUAUUUUAUAGAAUACAAUCGUAUUUUGAUAGAAGCUAUUAGACAAAUAUUUAAAAAACAUGACACAAUAACACCCGGUGAAAACCAAAAUUAACGCAUCAUUUAUUUAUAACUGAAUUUAUAAAUAACAGUACCUAUUAUCUAUACAAUAUUUUUUUCGUUGUUUCGAAGUAUGCAUGUUCCGAACCUCAUCUCAUCUCAGCCUUUUCUAAGUAUUUCUUUGUUUCUUUUUCUAGUUACGCCACUAUGUAGUAUACUCACCAAAAGGUUAGGUUAGGCCAUGGACGUUUUUUGAUAGACCUUAAACCUUAUAAUAAAGGACUGUUUUUUUUUUUUUAAAUUGUUUAGCUUCAAUUAUACAUUUUUUUUAAAAAUAUAAUAGGUUAGAUUUAUAAAUAAUCAUAUAAAAUGGCUGAUGAUGGGCACAUCCAAAUCGUUAUGAUCGAACUAUUCUAUAGUUUUUCCUAUUAAAGUAUUCAGUCGUAUAGAUGGAAAAAUCUAUUCGAUAGUAUAAACUAUUUGGAAGUACCUAUCACUAGUAUCUAAUAUUAAACAUAUAGUAUUAUAGUACAUAAUAUUUAGGUAACUAUAACUAACAUAAAAAAAAGGACGGACGUACUUUACACGUGGGUGCAUCCACUGUUAUAAGUGGAAAGUUAGAAAGGUAGGAUACAGACGGGAAUUUAAUGUACAUUUGUAAGCAACGAUAAAUCAUUGUUAACGAAAAAACGAUUCUGAGUGGAGUUCAGAUGGUAGUGUUACUUUGUCAACAAUAUAUAACAAUAUACGUCAUACUAAGGUAAAAUGAUUACAACAAUGUUCGUUUCCAUGACAAUAAUGAUUGUUUAAAAAAGAUUAUUAAAAUAAUAAAAACUUAAUAACAAAAAAUGAAUAAAAACAAUUGCCAAUGAUAGCCUUAUUUUUCAUCUUUCAAUCUUUUUCAACCUAAAGAACCAGGUUUUCCUCAUUAUCUCGAAUAUUAAUGAGAAUUUCAAAAAAUUACCUCUCUAAAGUACCACCCAAAGAACAUUUCCUUUCAGAAAAGGUUCUAUAAUUGAUAAUCGGAGUAUGCUUUCUGGUAGAAAAAGUGUUCAUGGAAAAAAUAAAAUAAAUAUUAAUUUGACGAAUAACAGGAUAUUUUAAUAAUUUCUUUGGCUGGUUAUCAGGUUUGCAUUUUCAUGUGAUCGGUGAAGGCGUAGUGCGAUUGAAGAGCAAACGGCGCGAACGGAUCUACGACAAGGAGAACUAUAUUGAUUUUCGGAUGAGAUUGCUUGGGGAACCAGGUAAAUUAUUAUAACAUAUUAUGGCGGAAUUAAGCUAUUUGACAUAGUGGUUGGUACCUAUAGGAAACAAAACUCCCAGGUAUUUUAAUACUUAUUCAAAAUCACCCGUCAUUGUAAUUUUUAAGAAAUAGUAGUCAGUAAGUUUUCCAACAAUUUUUAUAUUUUUACAAAAUCACGAGAAAAUCGCAAUAUUAAAAUUGUUUAUUUGCACCAUGUCAGUUAUACUCUUAUACUCAAACCUCUGUAGCGGUGUAUAAGAAAAUUGAUUCUUGGGUUGAUAACCGGUAUUAUAUACUCUGUUUUUCACAUUUUUUAAUAUGUGAUGAUUGUGGUUAUACAGGACAACCACCAGUAAUGUUGUCUCCGGGAAUACACAGUUUUCCAUUCAAACUGGGCUUGCCGCCUGGGUUACCGUCAACGUUCCUUGGCAAAUCCGGCUGGGUCCAGUAUUACUGUAAGGCAGCCCUCAGGGAACCCAACUCACUCACGCAUAAGAACCAACAAGUCUUCAUCGUCAUGAACCCGAUCGAUCUCAACAUGGAGCCGUCCAUUUUAUCUGUAGUAAAAAUAAUUCACACCCUUCCAAUGUUUUAUAUUGUAUGGUGGCACGGCUAUCCUAAACAUCGUUUGAUUAAUUAUAUUACAUUUCUUCAAAAUACAAGUAUUAAUUUGUUUUUAAUUUGUUAUAAUAAUUUCUAUACUCCGAAUCAACCUGCUUAUUAUCGAGGGCUAAUCUAACUUCAAAGAGUUGGAUUUUUGAAGUUAGUUUUAGACACGUUGCCAUAGGAUAGCCGCCCAUAUUUAUCAGAUGUAACUUUCAAUGCGACACAUUUGUCCGUGGCAUUUUUUAGGAACCGUUUCGCUGCGACAUAGACCACAAGCUGUCGAAAGCCAUGUGUUUAGGUUCUGGUCUGGUCGAGUGUCAGGUGUGCCUGGACAAAGGUGCAUACAUACCAGGUGAAACCAUCGAGAUCACAGCCACAGUUACCAACAACAGCAAAGUUACCAUUAAAUCGACCAGAGCAACACUGACAGAAGUAAGUCUAAUGAUAACUUGAUAUAAUAAUAUACAAUUUAUUUUUAAUUCAAGAUUUUAAUAGUUUAAAAUAAUAUGAGCAAUUUAUUUAAAUUAACAUAAUUUAUAAGUCAACGUUACAAUUAUAGACAAUUCAAUAUUUUGCCAAGAGUAAAAUAAUUCAAUCAGAAACUAGGGAGUUGGCUUCAAUAAAAAGAGACAAAAUCAGACCAAAUGAAAUGGACCAGUGGCACAAUGAACAACUCUACGUACCACCAUUACCUCCUACUAACCUCCGUGGGUGUCAUUUAAUUAACAUUCAAUAUGAUAUUUAUGUAAGUAUUAAUAAUUAUGCAAAGAUAUAUUAUAUAUUUAUGUUAAAAUUAAAUAAUAUAACAAAAUAAUCAUUUAAGACAAUAACUAUAAUUACUAUAACAAUGCAGGUAGUCAUUAUGGUAAAGUUGAAUUGAUUACCUGUACUAUUUAGUUUUAUAACAUUGAUAAUAUGAUAAAUAGUUAUUUUAAAAUCAAUCAUUUAAGAUUCCGAGCGUAGCGAGGGAGCUAUUGGUUUUACUGGUUUUUCUUCCUUUGUUCUAAUCUGUGGACACGUUUUUUCCUAGUAAACUUGCUCCAAUUUUUAGGUGUAACAACUUUUCUGAAAGUUCAAAUUAUCCAGAUGGUACUUUAAAGAGGUCAUUUUUUGAUUUUCGACGCCAUUUUUUAAAUAAAAGCACUUAAGUGGGAAAAAAAUGUACAAUUUCACGAUUUCAUUAUUUUAUAGAAACACGGACGUUUUCUACCAGAAAAAAUGAUUUGAUCAAAAAAUCACAAGACACUUUUUUGAUUUACUUUCUUAUGGUAUUAUCGUCAAAACUUUUAAGCCACUUUUGAGCUUUUAAGGAAUUUUAAUUUUUGAUGCAGUUUGGUUAUGAAUACACGUCGACUUAAAACUUGAUAAUAAUAAUCAUAUUGGACUUACCUAAACGUGGAAAAAUUUCCAAAAUCAUCGGACCACUGUUUUUCCUUUUUUAAUUUUUUUCUUGUACUGUAGACCACUUUUAUCCAAGAAAACUUGCUUCGUUGUAUAAAUGUAGCACCUUUUCUAAAAUUAAAUUUUAUCUACUUGAUAAAUACAUAAGUCACUUUUUUAUUUUCGAAAUGGUACUUAAAAUAAAAACGAUUAAUAGGGAAAAAAAUUAGAUUUUUUCGCGAUUUCGUUAUUUUAAAUAAGUACCUACCACGUUUUUUUAGCACAAAUAUGGCACCGAUUAUAAAACGACAAGGGACCUUUUUUAUUGAAUUUUUUUUUAUAAACGUUUUGAAAUUAAAUUUAAACGAAAAUCGCAACAAAAAAAUAAUGCACUUAAAAUUAUGUAUUACUGAACUGCGCUCGGAAUUGUCUUUCAUCAACAAUGAUUUAUCAUUACAGAUAUAAAUGAAAUAACCUUAAAUAUCUUACCUUCCCAACUUUCCACCUACAACUGUGGCUGCAUCCAUCCCCAGUAUCAGCUCUUUUUUUUUCUUUGAAUUGUAUUGAUUGAAAUAUUUUUAACAAUAACAUAGUGUAAUAUAAUUAUGCUAGAAUAUUCUAUAAAAUAUUAAUUUUUCUCAAAGUUUUAUCAUAAUUUAAUUAUUUUUUCACUUUUAUAGUUCAUUAUAUCACCUAAUAAUAUGGAAAAGGAUGUCAAACUACAACUUCCCAUUAUGAUGGGUACUUAUCCAUUUAGAACCGAAGAUGGAUCAUUUGAUGGAAAACUUGGAACCCAUUAUCCAUCAACAUUGCCAAUUUUAAGACCGUGGUUGGAAGAAAAGACUUUUAAAUAAUUGAACUCAUUUUUAAUAAUUAAUGUAAUUCAUGUAUUAAUGUAUUAGUAACUAACCAAUUAUAUUUUUAUAUUUUAAAUUAAUUCAUAUAUAUUAUACAUACUUCAAUUAAUACAUUGCAUGUGUCUACUUUAUUUUCAUUGAUUUAUUAAGUUCACUAGUUUUAUCUAGAAGAGAUAAAAACAUUUUUUGCAUUUUAUAAAUUUAAUAAUAACAUAUUUUUAUUGUUAUUAUUAUAAUUUACUAGUUUUAUACAGUAUUUUAUUGAAUGAAAAAUAUAAAGACACGUGGUCACCUUCUUGGUCACUAUGAUAGUUAAUUGUUAUUGCCCAAUAUUUCAUUUAUUUAAAAUUUCCCUUCAUACCAGUCGUUUCUAACCUUUUUUAUUCUAUGCACCACUCGUAAAUUUUUAAAAACCUCACAUACCCCUCCCCUUAAAUUAGAUAAGACUAUGAGCGUUUAGACAAGCUUUUUUUUUUUUUUUUUUGUAAAUAAAUUUUACAAAAUAACUAUAUGUAUUGUACAUUAUACAACUAAAAAAUUUAUUGCUUUCAAUUUUGCUGAUUAUAAAAUGGCAUAAUUAUUUUAACAAAAAAA